AUGGUGCCGGUAGCAUUUACAAGUACAGAUGACACCAAUGGCAGUUAUCAAGGUAAAAAAGAUGCAUUGAUCCAGAAUCUUCAAAAGCACUGCAACAUCUUCGCUUGGUCGACCACUGAGAUGUAUGGCAUCCCCAUAGACGUGGCUUUUCAUUGCCUCAAUGCCAACCUAGUUGUUCUGCUUGUGAAACAGAAGAUAUGGUCGUCAACCAUGACACUGGCCAGAUCAAUCCACGAAGAGGAGGAGGAGGAAGAGAGAUGCCAACGAUGGAAAGUCUUCCUGAAAGGGCUGUUUGAACCUGAAGUAAUUUUUGCAGAGGAAAGUGGCCUCACGACAUCUGCAUGUGUUUGGGGAGAAGAUGGUCAUCCGGCCAAUGUUGGCAAGGCUGGUGAUUCAGAAGAAAAUUUUACAAUAAGGAAUGGCAUACAAGAGAACCUCAGAAAAUAUGAGGGCUCGGAAGGAUAUUUGAAGAGAGGCGACGUGAUUGAAAAGGAUGAUGGCAACUUGGAAAGCUUAUAUGCGGGUCCUCUCAUCGAGGAUAGUGAUCAUACCGAGCUCAGCACAAUAAAAGAUUCAGAGGCAGCACAAUGUACUGCUGCAAAUCCAGCGAUACCAUUUCUAAGUUCAUCUAAAUAUUUUAUGUGGACUGACAUUAUUCCCUGCAUAAGUCCCAUUGAGCAAAUGAUGAGCCAUCGAGUGAAGAGAAAGGCCUUACCAAUCACCCAACAAAACUUAGGGAGGGGCAGCAAACGCCUCGCUCCUAUUGAAGAGGGAACACCCAGGAAAGGGUUUUCAAGAGAGGAUUCUGAAAAGUUUUAUAACAUGGAUCAUGCAAACAUAGUUCAAGUUGGGCCUUCUAACAACUAUUGA